CUCCCAGAGCUUCACGUUCGACGACGCCCAGCAGGCGGAUAGGAAGAGGCUGGCGGAGCUGCUGGUGGCGGUCCUGGAGCGGGGGCUGCCCCGCGCCUGCCGAGUCACCUGGCUCCAGAGCGUCCGCAUCCUGUCCAGGGACCGAGGCUGCCUGGACCGCUUCACCAGCCGCAGGAGCCUGCAGGCACUUGCCCGCUACGCCGGCAUCUCCGCGCCCGAGGCCCCGGGCCUCGAGACCCCGGACAUGGACGCGGUGCUGGAGUCCCUCAAGUGCCUGUGCAACCUCGUGCUCAGUAGCCCCGCGGCGCAGGUGCUGGCGGCAGAGGCGCGCCUGGUGGUGCGGCUGGCCGAGCGCGUGGGGCAGUACGGCCAGGGCGGCCUCCCACACGAAGUCCAGUUCUUCGACUUGCGCCUGCUCUUCCUGCUCACCGCGUUGCGCACCGACGUGCGCCAGCAGCUCUUCCAGGAGCUGCAGGGAGUGCACCUGCUGACCAACGCUCUGGAACUGACCCUGGGAGUGGGCCCCAAAGAGAGCCCCCCUGAGCUCCUUCCUCCUCAGGAGACCGAGCGGGCCAUGGAGAUCCUCAAGGUGCUCUUCAACAUUACCUUUGACUCCGUCAAGAGAGAGGUGGAUGAGGAAGACGCUGCCCUUUACCGGCACCUGGGGACCCUGCUGCGGCACUGUGUGAUGGUGGCGGCCGCUGGAGACCGCACAGAGGAGCUGCGCGGCCACACGGUGAACCUCCUGGGCAACUUGCCCCUCAAGUGUCUGGACGUCCUCCUCGCUCUGGAGCCGCACGAAGGCUCCCUGGAGUUCCUGGGCGUGAACAUGGAUGUGAUUCAGGUCCUCCUUGACUUCCUGGAAAAGCGUCUGCACCAGACGCACAGGCUGAAGGAGAGCGUGGCCCCUGUGCUGAGCGUGCUGACGGAGUGCGCCCGCCUGCACCGCCCCGCCAGGAAGUUCCUGAAGGCCCAGGUGCUGCCCCCACUGCGAGACGUGAGGACCCGGCCCGAGGUCGGGGAGCUGCUGCGCAACAAGCUCGUCCGCCUCAUGACACACCUAGACACCGACGUGAAGCGGGUGGCCGCCGAGUUCCUGUUUGUCCUGUGCUCCGAGAGCGUGCCCCGCUUCAUCAAGUACACGGGCUACGGAAACGCCGCCGGCCUCCUGGCAGCCCGGGGCCUCAUGGCAGGGGGCCGGCCCGAGGGCCAGUACUCGGAGGACGAGGACACGGACACAGAGGAGUACAAGGAGGCCAAGGCCAGCAGCAUAGACCCAGUGACGGGGAGGGUGGAGGAGAAGCCUCCCAACCCCAUGGAAGGCAUGACGGAGGAGCAGAAGGAGUGCGAGGCCAUGAAGCUGGUGGACAUGUUUGACAGGCUGUCCAGGCACAGAGUCAUCCAGCCCAUGGGGAUGAGCCCCCGGGGCCAGCUCACAUCCUUGCAGGACGCCAUGUGUGAGCGCAUGGAAGGGCAGCUCUCCUCGGACCCCGACUCCGACCCCGACUGAAGAGGGCCGCUCUGCUGCGCCCCUCCAGAACCGGUGCUGCUUGUGGGGGUGUCCUUGGGUCUCUCCCCAGGGGGCCACACCCUCUCCAGCUUGGAGACCCCUUCCUCCCAGUUCUGUUAAUGACUUGUCUCUGGCCCAGUUUCUGAUCGCUAGGCCUGGAGGGCCGCAUCCUGCCAAAGCUCAGCCUUGGCGUCUGCCAGGGAGCGGAUGCUGCCCAGAGGGACCAGGCAGGCCUGUGGGGGGCGGGGCACGGGGCCUGUGGGGCUGCCUGUGAUGUCAGAAGCCCACUCCCACGUUUGCUCUCCAGCCGUCCCCUGCACGCGCUGGCCGGCUGCCCCUUCUGCACGCUCAUCCUGGCUUAGCCGCUGGCCACGGCAUCCACGGCCGCGGGGCUCCUGCCACCAGGUGGGACUGUUGAACCUGUCUUCACGCUGGCUUAGACCACCGACAUCUCAAUGAAAACUCCCGUGAACCCACACGCCUGACUCAUGUCACAGAAACACCGCUGGAAUAAAGUCUUGAGUGAGA